AGAUUUCUCUGUUUGUUGAAGAGAACUGUCCAAGAUGCCGGAAAAUCCUGCAGCAAAUAAGCUGCAGAUUCUGCAGGUCCUUGACCGGCUGCAAAUGAAAUUGCAAGACAGGGGUGACACCUCCCAGAAUGAGAAACUUGCCUUGUUUUGUGAGACACUGAAGAGCCCUCUCUUCAACCAGAUUCUUACGAUUCAGCAAUCCAUCAGACAGCUGAAGGGCCAGCUUAGCCACAUUCCUUCAGAUUGCCCGGCCAACUUUGAUUUUUCCAGGAAAGGGUUGCUUGUGUUUACUGACUGCUCCAUCUCCAAUGGGAAUGCCCACACAGCCUUUAAUAACUCGGGUGGUGUGUUUCCUUGGCCUCCACGAUCCGGAAAUGAGGAAUUUAACUCUGUCAUCCAACAGAUGGCACAGGGCAGACAGAUUGAAUAUAUAGAUAUAGCAAAGCCAUCUACUGGAGGUCUGGGAUUCAGUGUGGUGACCGUAAGAAAGCAAAAUGCAGGAGGCGCAGGAGGUGUUGAUCUCUUUGUGAAGGAAGUCCAACCGGGAAGCAUAGCAGACAGGGAUCAACGAUUAAAGGAAAAUGACCAAAUCCUGGCCAUCAAUCACACCCUCCUGGACAGGAACGUCACCCAUCAACAAGCUAUCACUCUGCUCCAGCAGUGCAUGGGGUCUCUGCGCUUGGUUGUUGCUAGGGGAUCACGACCAUGGCGAGGCCAGAGUUUGACUAGCCUGAGUGAUCUAAACCCUUCAGAGAAGGUUUGCUGGGGUCAUGUUGAAGAUGUUGAACUUGUUAAUGAUGGCUCCGGCUUAGGCUUUGGAAUUGUUGGUGGAAAAUCCAGUGGUGUGGUUGUGAAGACCAUUGUUCCUGGAGGAUUAGCUCAUCGGAAUGGAAAGCUCCAGACUGGGGACCAUAUCUUGAAGAUUGGAGACACAAAUGUGCAAGGGAUGAGCAGUGAACAAGUUGCCCAAGUCCUGAGGAACUGUGGGAAUUUUGUGCGGAUGGUAGUGGCAAGAGAUCCUAUUGGUGAAAUUUCUGUGACUCCUCCAACUCCAACAAGCUUGCCUGUGGUCACACUGCCAUCUAUGUCCUCUGGUAACCAGAGAUCUGUUGACCCUUCUCUUUUUGAUACUUAUGAUGUUGAACUCACUAAAAAGGAUGGCCAAAGUCUUGGUAUUACAAUCAUUGGGUAUGCCGGGUCUUCACAAACAGGGGAUGUCUCAGGAAUUUAUGUGAAAAAUAUAAUACCAGGCAGUGCUGCAGAUCAUAAUGGCCAAAUUCAUGUCCAUGACAGAAUAGUUGCUGUGGAUGGAAUAGAUAUCCAGGGUUUUGCCAAUCAGGAUGUUAUUGAAGUAUUGCGCAGGGCAGGAGAUACAGUGCGCCUGACUCUAGUACGAAUGAAAGCAUCUUCCUCACCUUCCCUUCUUGACAGAUCUUUAGAUGAAGGGACUAGUGUAACACCCUCUAAAACGCCAACCCUAUUUCUAACUGGAGCUGUGGAGACUGAAUCGAAUUUAGAUGGUGAAGAUGAGAUGAAGGGAGGGGAAGUGGAUCAUUUGAAAGAUGAAGAGAAGCCAAAGCUGCUGCCCCCAUCGCCACCGUCACCACAGACUUUAGAUACUGUUCCUGGCUCCCUGGAAAAUAGGCUGAAAUCCAAGUGGGAAAACCUGUUGGGCCCCGAUUAUGAAGUAAUGGUUGCCAUCUUGGAUACCCAGAUUGUUGAUGAUGCCGAGUUACAGAAAUAUUCAAAGCUGCUGCCAAUCCACACUCUGAGGCUAGGAGUAGAGCUGGACUCCUUCAAUGGACACCAUUACAUCUCUUCCAUCAUGCCUGAUGGGCCAGUGGCCACACUCAACCUGUUGAAGUUGGAGGACGAGCUACUGGAGGUCAAUGGUGUUCAGCUCUCUGGAAAAUCCCGCAGAGAAGCAGUGUCAUUUCUAAGAGAAGUGCCCCCUCCCUUCACUUUAGUCUGCUGCCGGCGUCUCUUCGAUGAGGAGGCCUUUGGGGAUGAGGCGAGUGUCACCGACAUUGUCAUCGAUGAGCCAAAGGUUGGCCCCAGUGAAGAAAUUCCCACUAAUGAUGAGGAUGAAGAUGAUGGGGAGUUGGCCCUUUGGUCGACAGAUGUGAAGAAAAUUGAGUUAAUUAAAGGUGCCGAUGGCUUGGGAUUCAGCAUUUUGGACUAUCAGGACCCUUUAGAUCCCACUCGGACUGUGAUUGUGAUCCGCUCCCUGGUAGCCAAUAGCGAAGCUGAACGAGGAAGGGAAUUAUUGCCGGGGGACCGACUGGUCUUUGUCAAUGAUCUUUCCCUGGAGGAUGUCACGCUCACAGAAGCUGUGGAGAUACUAAAGGCUCUGCCGCCGGGCAGAGUGAGCCUGGGCAUCUGCAAGCCCUUGGUUGAAGGUAGUGAGGAGAAUAAUACACCAUGUGACUUACAACCAAGUGCUUUUGAAGAAACAUCUGGCCACUCUGAACCUCUGGAGACAGUGGAUUCCUCUUUGAUCCUGGAGGCACCCUCGGAGUUCCGAGAUGAUUCCUUUCUUCAUGAAGAAGGCUUGGAUGCGCCUUUCCUUGACUUGGGAAGGACAUUCCACGUCCAGUCAAAUGAGAUGGACAACACUCAAGAGGCCUGGGAGAUGCAUGCUUUCCUGAAACCCCGAGCACCUGAAAUGGGGGAAGAGAGAGAGAUGCUUGUGGAUGAUGUCUACGACUUCCAGGAUAUCUUUCAGAACAUGGAUCUGUAUUCUCCAUCGCUGGGCAAGGACGAUCCUCCCCUCCCUUCAAGCCAGGAUUUUCACUUUGGCACCCCAUGGCUAAGCCAUCCAGGGACCUAUGAAGCUCAUGACCUGAGAGCCAUGAUGCACCCGAGUUCCCAGGAGAUACCACCGAACAGAUACAGCACUGAGGCAAUGAUCAACGAGAAUUUUGGCAAACUUUCCUUGUCCUCCAUCACCUCUUCUGAAGGCAACAGGUGCCAAGACAUUUUCGAUGACCUUGAAAACUCCGAAUCUAUCACAAAUAGCAGCCUGGAUUUAGGUUUGAUUCCAAGCAAUUCAGAAGGCCCUGAAAUGCUGGUUGAUCUCCCUAUAACGGCCCAAGAGAGUGAGCCUGCAGACAUUCCCAUCUAUCAGCUGCCCCAGAAGCGAGGAUUCUCCAAGGCUGGAUUGUUGCCAUCCAAAUAUACAGCAGAUACAUGUGAUUUGCCAGAGAGAGAAGAAGGAGAAGGAGAAGAAACCCCAAACUUCAGUCACUGGGGUCCACCUCGAAUUGUGGAGAUUGCACGAGAAGCCCACGAGUCUCUUGGGAUCAGUAUUGUGGGUGGGCAGACGGUGAUCAAACGCCUGAAGAAUGGAGAGGAACUGAAAGGGAUCUUUAUCAAGCAAGUCUUAGAAGAUAGCCCAGCAGGAAAAACCCAAGCCCUGAAAACUGGAGAUAAAAUUCUUGAGGUGUCCGGUGUAGAUUUGCAAAAUGCAACUCACCAGGAAGCUGUUGAAGCCAUCAAGAAUGCAGGAAAUCCAGUUGUUUUUGUUGUGCAGAGCUUGUCAUCCACCCCAAGGGUAAUCCCUCCAGUGAUUUCCAAGACCAACCAUCCUCCCAAAACCCAGGAGCAAGAAAAAGAAGAUAGGAAAGAAAAGAGAAGGGGCGGUGCACCCCCUCCAAUGAAACUGCCCCCUCCUUACAAGGCUCCUGCAGAAGAGAACAAGUAUGACGACGAGAACGAGACGGAAUUUACUGAGGAAAAAAUCCGACAAAGGUAUGCAGAUCUUCCCGGAGAACUGCAUAUUAUUGAGCUGGAGAAGGAGAAGAACGGGCUCGGCCUCAGCCUCGCCGGGAACAAAGACCGCUCCCGAAUGAGCAUCUUCAUCGUGGGGAUUCACCCCGAUGGACCUGCCGGCCGAGAUGGGCGCAUGCACAUCGGAGACGAGCUUCUAGAGAUAAACAAUCAGAUAUUGUAUGGAAGAAGCCACCAAAAUGCAUCUGCCAUUAUUAAGACUGCCCCAACCAAGGUCAAAUUGGUUUUCAUAAGAAACGAGGAUGCAGUCAACCAGAUGGCCGUGACGCCCUUUCCGUUACCCGUGAGCUCCCAGUCUUCGGUCGAGGAUCAGAGCGGUCCAGAAGCCAUACGCAAUGAAGAAAGCACCAAGACUGAAGUUGAUCUUAAGCAGUUGCCAGAAAGUGACCGUACCCAAUUGGAUGAGGCACCCCAGGUGGUCAGCCGUAUUCUGGCAGCAGAUGAAGCCAAAGGAGGAGAGCUCCUUCCUGACAACGUAAAUGGUAUUGAUCUGAGGAAUGCCAGCCAUGAGGAAGCCAUAACGGCCUUGAGGAAAACUCCCCAGAAGGUGCGACUGGUUGUUUAUAGGGAUGAAGCACAUUAUAAAGAUGAAGAAAAUUUGGAGAUUUUCCCCGUUGAUCUCCAGAAAAAAACAGGUCGAGGCCUGGGCCUAAGCAUCGUUGGAAAACGAAAUGGAAGCGGAGUCUUUAUCUCGGAUAUCGUGAAGGGAGGGGCGGCCGACCUGGAUGGAAGAUUGAUUCAGGGGGACCAGAUCUUGUCUGUGAAUGGAGAAGACAUGAGGAAUGCUUCCCAAGAGACCGUGGCCACUGUGCUCAAGUGCGCUCAAGGCCUUGUGCAGUUGGAGAUUGGAAGGCUAAGGGCUGGUUCUUGGCUGUCUUCAAGGAAAACAUCUCAGAACAGUCAGAUGAGUCAACACAGUGUCCGGAGCGGUUUUCCUCCUUCCCUGGCUCCUGUUAUCACUAGCUUACAAAAUCUGGUUAGCACCAAGAGGCCCUCAGACUCUUCUCAGAGAAGUUCAGGAACUGAUACGGGCCCAAGAACUGUAGAGAUAAUAAGGGAGCUGAAUGAUGCCCUGGGAAUCAGCAUAGCAGGUGGAAAGGGCAGCCCUCUUGGAGAUAUUCCCAUCUUUAUUGCCAUGAUCCAAGCCAGCGGUGUCGCAGCCCGUACCCACAAGCUCAAGGUUGGAGACCGGAUUGUCAGCAUUAACGGGCAGCCUCUGGACGGGCUGUCUCACGCGGAUGUUGUUAAUCUUCUCAAGAAUGCUUAUGGGCGCAUUCUUCUGCAGGUUGUAGCUGAUACUAACAUCAGUGCCAUCGCAACUCAGCUGGAAAGCAUGUCUGCUAGCUACCACCUUGGCUCCCCCACCAGUGACCACCCUCCAGAAGACCCAGAAACUCCUCAGCCUAAGAUGAUUGCUUUGGAGAAGGGCUCUGACGGGCUGGGCUUCAGUAUCGUGGGAGGGUAUGGAAGUCCCCACGGCGACCUGCCAAUUUAUGUCAAGACCAUAUUUGCGAAGGGAGCAGCAGCAGACGACGGGAGACUGAAGCGCGGCGACCAGAUUUUGGCUGUAAAUGGGGAGGCCCUGGAAGGAGUGACUCACGAGCAAGCCGUGGCCAUCCUAAAGCGUCAGAGGGGAACCGUAACGCUCACAGUGCUGUCCUGAGCUGCGGCUCACCGGGGCAAAGCCAAUGAGGUAGCUGCUGUGCUGUGCCAGAUCUCUGUCCUAAGUAAGGCAUAGUCCUGGCUGGGAGGAAAACCAAGCACCCAUUUACAUCAGUCCUCAAUCUGAUCGUCAUCUCCUCUGUGCUCAGAAGAGAUCUGCAGUUUGAUGUCAUCAUUCUCCCUCUCCCUCUCUGUCUCUCUCUGUCUCU